AUUAGACCCGCGCAUUGACGCAAAAUUCGGGUUUGCGUCUGCACGCUUCGCUCAGAAAUCCUGUCCAAACCAACGUAUUUUGGCUAUCUAGUUGUCUCAAGUGGAGGAAACAUAAGUUGUCCCAACUUGUUCGGAAGGAGGAGACGCAGACACGCGCCGAGCUGACCGGACAGGAAGUAACAGGUUGCAAACAUUCAACCAAAACAUGCCACUCAACAUCCAGCCCCUAAGAGUCAUGAGAAAAUCAACGCUUAAGAGGAUCAUCCUUGUUCUGCUGGGGAUUUGUGUGGUGUGGUGCAUGAGUUUGCCUUUUUUCAUCCUGAGUAAAGUUGGACAUGAGAGCAUCCGUGUGGCUGCAGAAAACACACUGAUGCAGAAAAGGAAAGUGUGGACAGAAACCAGCGAGGUCCAAGAAAUGAAGAGGAUUUUUGUCAAAUUUUUGGAUGAUCUGCUGAAUAAUUUUGAAUCCUUUAACUUCUCUUCAUCACAUUUCAAGGACAACAAAGAGAAACUUCAAUCCCUUCAGGUGGAAAUGGAGGCUGAGAAAGCGAAAGGUCAGUCUAAGGAUGAGAUGAUAAAAGAGCUGCGUUCUGAUAAACUCCAGCUGCUGCAACAAGUGACCCGCUUGGAGGAGCUUCUGAAAUUACAAAUGAACAAGGCGGAAACAAAGUCUGAGGAUGAAAUCCCAGAAGAUAAAAACUGCCAGCUACCACGCAUGGAUGGAUUUCCAGACUGUAUGGGGAAGCUGAAGUGGAUGAACAGCAUGUGGAAGUCAGACCCAUGUUACAGCAGCUAUGGCGUGAAUGGGUCCUUGUGCUCCUUCAUCGUUUAUCUCAGCGAGAUCGAGUCAUGGUGCCCUUUGCUUUCUGGUCGAGUCGCCCGCCCAGCAGUGAAAACUCUAAAGGUAGAAUCUUAUAAAGCAGAGGUGAAAGACAACUUUGAAGGCCUUCACCGCUCUUUAGUGAACAAAACCCAAUUCAGCUGGAUCCAACAACGGAUUAAAAGCAUGGAAGAGAUUUGGGUGGAAGCAGGACGUUCCCUUUCACAGAAAUACAACCUCACAGAGCGGAGGGCCAAACAGAUACUGGUGCAUCCUGGCGUGAUUACAAAUGAAGCAGAUCUUAAAAUAGCAGAGAAUGCUUUCAGUGGUGGUCCCCUUGGGGAGCUCGUUCAGUGGAGCGACCUUAUAUCCACACUUCAUAUUUUGGGUCACAAUCUUCACCUGUCUGCCUCUGAAGGGAGCCUGAAGGAGUUUUUUGGGAUUAGUAAUUGUCCUCUUCAAUACUCAAAAGUGGAACCAAACCUGAUCUAUACAGACAUCAUUGGUCUCAGGCAAAUUCAGACGGUACUGAAGACGUCCUGGACAGAUUACAGGUGUAUUAUUCGUGUUUUGGACUCUUUUGGCACUGAACCCGACUUCAAUCAUGCUGUUUGGGCUUCCAACCACGACCUUAAAUGUCCUUUUGGUGGCCUGAGUCUGAUCCCCAUGCAGUUCUACACCAUGUUCCCUCAUACUCCAGACAACACAUUUCUUGGCUUUGUGGUGCAGCACCAGCUGAGCUCUGAAGAACACGAGCAGCUUGAGUCUACCAAGAGGCAAAACCAGGCUCUUGUGUACGGGAAGAGAGCCACAUUUUGGCAGGGUAAAGAGGCUUAUCUGGAUAUUAUUCACAAGUAUUUGGACAUCCACGGGACGGUGGAUGACAGCGCCUUGAUUCCAGAUUAUGUGAAAAACCACGGCAUCGUUAAGGGAACAGAGGUGCAGAGGCUGUUGAGGCAAAGCAAACUUUUUGUAGGGUUAUCCUUCCCGUAUGAAGGUCCCGCCCCUUUGGAGGCUUUAGCCAAUGGCUGCGCUUUUCUGAACCCCAGAUUAGAGCCUCCACAGAGCAGCCUGAACUCAAAGUUCUUCAAAGGAAAACCCAACACCAGAGAGGUCACAUCUCAGCAUCCUUAUGCUGAGGCAAUCGGUGAGCCCUAUGUGUGGAUGGUGGAUAUGAACAACCAGACAGAUGUGGAGAGAGCCAUCACUUCCAUACUCAAUCAUAAUAUAGAGCCCUACCUUCCGUAUGAGUUCACCUGUGAAGGAAUGCUGCAAAGAGUUAACGUCCUAAUAGAGAAACAGGAUUUUUGUUCAGCUGCACCAAGUUGGCCUCCUCUGAGCGCACUCCGGGUGUUGAAAGCAGAGGCAGGUGUGUCGUGUAAAAAGGUGUGUCAAAGGGCGGGGCUGGUGUGUGAACCGGCAUUCUUCCCACACCUGAACAACGACAAGAAUCUUGCCAGCUACAAUGUAGAUUGCCAGACAUCAGAGUUUUCUGAUAAAUACAUCGUGCUUCCUGCCUACAACAGCAGCAGUAAACAGUGUCUGUUCCAGCAAGAUCCUCUGCUCUUCAGCUGUGUCAGAUCGGACCAGUCCCUGGUCAGAAUCUGCCCCUGCAGGGACUACAUCAAAGACCAAAUAGCCCUAUGCAAGGAAUGCAUCUAACUGCUGGAUAAAAACAUUACAAAUAAAAAUGCAGCUUAUCUAAUGUUUUCUCAGUAGUUUACAGCUGACUCGGCACCAGGAAGUCUCAAGGAAGCUGAAACAUGAAGGGAUUUUACAAAGUUCUCUGGUUCUAGUGAAGUUAUUGGUCAUUAACAAUUGCAGAACGUGGAAAUCAAAGAAAAGGACUUGAAACGUUAUCAUUUUUGUGGAAACAGCAAAUCUACAGGCUCAAAUAUCGGAGCAUUUUGGAAAGCAAUGACUUCAAAUGAGACACAUUCAGUCACAUGUGCACUUAGUGUCAUCGGUGUGUGCUUGAAAACAUCAAUGCAAACAAAAAAAAAGGGAAAAAACAAAACAUCUGUCAAACUUCUGAUGAUUCAACAGGAAAAAACAACUUUAUUUAAUGAAUCAAAACUUUUCAUUGACAAAGACAUAAGUCUUACUGUCCUUUUACAUAAAAUAAAUGUUUACAUAAUCUUGUUUAACACUGAUGCCAUUAUUGUACAGUCUGUUAUAUAGAGUAAAUUCAUUUAUAUAGUUUCAUGUUUGUGCAGCUAUGAAACAUUUAUUACUGUAUGGGGAGGAUUACAGGCCCAUGCAACGCUUAUGGCAACAGAGAAGUCAUGUGUAUUGCUAUCAUAACUUUCGGUAAAAUGGAUGGAUUGGUGUUUUCUGCAAAUGGUCGUAAAUGAGACAUUCUCAGGCAAUUUCAGAAUGGAUGGCACUUGGUUUUGAUCAUUUGAACUGGAGAAUUAGAUGGAAAAAAUGGAAAUUUUGCAUUUUUGCAAUUUAACAUAAAACAUUUCUGCGAAAAAGCAAGAAUGGGGAAAAAAAGAGGGAAAAAUAGACAUUACUGGAAUGUAAAUGUCACUGUUAAUGUUUAGCAUCAAAACAAGACAGAAGAAAAGAGGUAGAAAGGAUUUUGAUGCCAAAAACAUGAAUAGUUUUAAGUGCAACUGAGCUAAAAAGCUGCAGAGAAGCAGUGGAAGAGAUUGACAGUGGGGUUUGUUCUGUGAUGAGGUGGCUCCAUCAUGUGGAAACUCUGUGCCUUGCUGUAGAAAAUAAAAGAUCACUGUAAAGAUUGUCUUCUAUGCGGUAAAGAGGGGUGCAGGGGGACGUUACAAAUCAGUGCGCUGUUGGUGAGUUGAGCUGGUGUGAGAUGUCACACCAUCAGUACACCUAAUCCAAACUCUUCACACCACGGAGUUAAAGAUUAUACCCACAAGUUUACACUUUGUCAAGUAUGUAGAGUGCAGAGUUACUCUGCACAGCUGCUUCCCAAGACUUUCACAGUUUUUAGUUGAGCUCAAGCACGUUGGGACACAAAAUGACACUGUCAUCGUUGUUUGGGCCACUAGGGGGAGCCCCUGCUAUUUAAAGUUGUGCAAAACACUCCUCUUAUGUUUCAUUUACAAGGACAUGUUUCUACUUUCUAAGUUUUUGAAUGCACUUGUUAUUUCUGAAAAGCAUUUUCUUAAUUCUAAUAAAUGUUCAUUCUCAAUGUUGCAGAAU